AUGCCUAACACUUUGAAGCGGCGUCUUUACCACGAGGCAUACACGGUUGCAUUAUUAUGCCCCCUCGAAGUCGAAUUGAGUGCAGCUCGAUACAUGCUUGAUGAGGAACACGAAAGGCUACAGGGAAACAAACAAGACCUGAACACAUAUAUACUAGGAUCCCUGAGUGGGCACAAUGUAGUGCUCGCGUCACUGCCAAAGGGGUCGCAGGGAACGGUGUCAGCAGCGGCCGUCGCCAUCCACCUAUUGCGAUCUUUUCCUGCGGUUGAUCUUCGCUUACUGGUGGGGAUUGGCGGGGGGAUCCCUAGCAACGCAAAUGAUGUUCGUCUCGGGGAUGUGGUUGUAAGCGCCCCCGAAGGCACUCUGGGCGGAGUAGUCGUAUAUGAUUUGGGAAAGGAAACCACGAGCGGUUUCAAGAGGAAAGGAAUGCUUUGCCCUCCACCCAUUGAGUGGCGGGGUAUGAUGACAAGUAUGGAGUCGGAUCAUCGCAUACGAUCGAACCGGAUUGCAGAGUUUCUGUCGGACAUGCUGCAGAAGUAUCUUGGACUGGAGGAGUAUCGAAGGCCACCACCGGAGGCAGAUAUUUUGUUUCCAUCAGAAUACAUCCACGUCCACGAUGGGAUGACCUGUGCUUCCUGUGACAAGACUAAGGCUGUCCAACGAGUGCGACGAACGCCAUCGGAUGAAUCGCACGUCUUCUAUGGCUUCAUAGCAUCGGGAAAUCGUGUGAUGAAGGAUGGCGAAAAGCGGGACAGACUAGCUAGGGAAUCUGGUGGUGCGAUAUGCUGUGAGAUGGAGGCUGCUGGGCUAAUGAAUCAGUUUCAAUGUGUUGUCAUUCGUGGGAUCGCUGACUACUGCGACUCCCACAAGAACGAUGCCUGGCAUGCUUAUGCUGCAGCUGCAGCUGCAGCGUUAGCAAAAGAAAUUCUGCUGUACAUGGAGCCCCGUUGUAUGUGUUAUGCUCACCUUUCUCGCAGGGUCAAUAAAGCCGCGAUUAACUAA